CAGCCGCUGGGGCCCAGGGCGGGGGCGCGCGACGGGGCGCGCUGCCGCCGCCUUCUGCCCCCAACAUCCGCGGCACGGGGGCGCUGGGCGGCUGGGGGGAUGCAGUCCAGCGCGCCGCGCGUGGGGUGCGCGGACCAGCCGAUCACCAAGAGGGCGAAGUUGCCCGAGGUGAUGGAGGGGUGCAGCAGCGUUGCCGCAGCGCUCCGCGCUGACGCGGGCCUGCCAGCGCCGUGCCGCGCCAUGCUGGCUGCUGGCGUGGAGGUGAGCCUCGGUAUCCCGCACGAGGAGCGCGACGGCAACCAGGCGCAGGUGGUAGACUUCAUCGGCGAGAGCCUCGCGCGCAUCGAGGCCGAGCUGGCCGCAACCUGCAGGGCCGUAGAGGACCAGACCGCCGUGCAGCGCAGGGAGGCGGAGGCCGCCGUGCAGGAGGCGUCCGCGCGCGUGGACGAGGCCGCGCAGGCCGCGGCCGCCAGCGCCGCCGCGCUGGCGGAGAGGCGCGCCGAGCUCGAGGGCGCCGCGGCCGAGGCGGGGGCGGCCGCGGCGGAGUGCGAGAGGGCGGAGGCGGCGCGCAGUGGUGGCGAGGCGAACCUGCUCGCCGCCGAGCUGGAGCGGGAGGUCUGCGAGGCCGGCUACGCCCUGCUCACGCGGGGGCACGGGCAGCCUGCCGGCGAGCUUGCUGGGCGGCUGGAGGAGCAGGUGAGGGCCACGCAGAAGGUCUGCGCGAAGCUGGGCCUGGAGGAGUCCUUGGUGUUGAUGUUGCCGAGCACUGCAAGGAAGCCAUUGGCGGAGCGGAACGCGCUGGACAACAUGGCCGCGAAGUUGGCGGCGGAGGCCCUUGAGAAGCACGUAGCCGAGCUGAGGACUGGGCUGGAUGGCGGCGCCACCGCCGUGCAGAGCCGGGUGCAGGCGGCAGAGGCGGCACGUGGCGCGCGCGGCGAAGCGCAGGCGCGCCACAAGGCCAUCGAGAAGUCGCUGCAGGAGGCGCAGGCGCAGCACGGUGGGCUCCAGGCAGCGCUCGCCGCAGCCGAGCGCAUGCGCGGGGCGCGCGCGGCCGCGGCCGCGGCCGCAGGGAGGAGGCUGGCGGAGGCCCGCGACGCCCUGGCAGCUUUCCGCUCUGGGCCGCUGGCCUCGUUCCACUCGGCGUCCGGCCUGGGCGGGGCGCCCUCGCGCGCGGCCUUGGCGCUGAGGGCCAGGGUCGCCGCGGCCCCCACGCCUUCCGCCGGCACGCCGCAGGCCGCCGACCCAGCGGAGCAGGGCGCGCGUGGCGAGGGUCCGUCGGAGUGCCCAGAAGCCGCGGCUGUGGCCGCGGGCCCCGAGGCCGCCCGCAGCCCCGAGCCCACGGACGCGGCAGCCCCCGGCGCUGCAGCGGCGGAGGAGAUCCAGCCAGCCGGCGCGGGGCUGGGGGCAGAAGUUGCCGAGGAGGAUGCGGACGUUCCUGACGAGCCCGCAUUUGUGGACGCGGAAGUUCCUGACGAGCCCGCGCUUGCUGAGCAGAGCCCGGCUGGUGAGGCCGCCAGGGCGCCCGCCGGCGAUUGCGCCGUGGCGGGGGCCCGCGUUGGCAACAGCGUUGGCAGCCCCGAGGCCGCGGAGGGCGCCGUCGGGCAACAGGAUUCGGAGGCCGCGCCCGAGGAAGGGAGCCUGGAGGCGGGGGCCGAGAUGGAGCCCCCGGCGGGGCCCCCAGCCAGCCCCGCCAGCACGGGUGGGGACCCCGAGGCCGCCGACGGCGCUGCUGCUGCUGCUGCGGCGCCUGUCCAGCCAGGGCCUGCCGAGCAGAGCCCCUCCUGCGAUUCCGCAGGGGCGCCCCCCGGCGAGGCGGGGCCCAGCGAGUGCGCCGUGGCGGAGGCCCGCGUUGGUAACAGCGUGGGCAGCCCCGAGGCCGCGGAGGGCGCCGUCGGGCAACAGGAUUCGGAGGCCGCGCGCGAGGGAGGGCGCGCCAGCGCCGAGGCGGGUGCCGAGAUAGAGCCCCCGGCGGGGAGGCGCCUGUCCAGCCAGGGCCUGCCGAGCAGAGCCCCUCCUGCAAUACCGCAGGGGCGCCCCCCGGCGAGGCGGGGCCCAGCGAGUGCGCCGUGGCGGAGGCCCGCGUUGGUAACAGCGUGGGCAGCCCCGAGGCCGCGGAGGGCGCCGUCGGGCAACAGGAUUCGGAGGCCGCGCGCGAGGGAGGGCGCGCCAGCGCCGAGGCGGGGGCCGAGAUAGAGCCCCCGGCCGCCGAGGGCACGGCGGAGGAGGAGGAGGAAGAGGUGGAGGCAGCGGCCGAGUCUGGCCCCGCUGGCGCUGCCGCCGGAGGGCCCGCGGGCGAUCAGGACGAGGAGGCGCCUGUCCAGCCAGGGCCUGCCGAGCAGAGCCCCUCCUGCGAUACCGCAGGGGCGCCCCCCGGCGAGGCGGGGCCCAGCGAGUGCGCCGUGGCGGAGGCCCGCGUUGGUAACAGCGUGGGCAGCCCCGAGGCCGCGGAGGGCGCCGUCGGGCAACAGGAUUCGGAGGCCGCGCGCGAGGGAGGGCGCGCCAGCGCCGAGGCGGGGGCCGAGAUAGAGCCCCCGGCGGGGCCCCCAGCCAGCCCCGCCGGCACGGCAGGGGCCCCCGAGGCCGCCGAGGGCACGGCGGAGGAGGAGGAAGAGGUGGAG